AUGCUGGGCAUGUACGUGCCCGACAGGUUUGCGCUCAAGUCUUCCCAAGUUCAGGAUGGCAUGGGCCUUUACACAGCUCGAAGAGUGCGAAAGGGUGAAAAGUUUGGCCCAUUUGCUGGGGAGAAGAAAAUGCCUCAGGAUUUGGAUGAAAGUAUGGACUACAGGUUGAUGUGGGAGGUGCGUGGAAGUAAGGGCCAAGUCCUCUAUGUCUUGGAUGCCAGCAAUCCACGUUUCUCCAACUGGUUGCGCUUUGUUCAUGAAGCACCCACCCCAGAGCAAAAGAACCUGGCUGCCAUUCAGGAAGGAGAAAACAUCUUCUACUUGGCAGUUGAAGAUAUAGAGACAGACACAGAGCUUUUGAUUGGCUAUCUUGACAGUGAUAUGGAAGAGGAUGAGGAGGAAGAGGAAGAGGUGGAAGAAAUAGCCAUGAACAAAGAAACUCAUGGAAAACGUAUAAGAAAAACACCAGGUCACUUAAAAGAUCCUUCAAGCUGUAAAAAAGACCAUGCCUGUCCCCACUGUGAGUCGAGCUUUGCCAGUCAGGAGAUCCUGGCUGAACACCUGCAGAUGCUGCAUCAAAAGCCAAGUGAAGAGAAAGAAUUCAAAUGCAAGAACUGUGGGAAGAAAUUCCCUGUGAAGCAAGCUUUACAGAGACAUUUGGAGCAACACAGAGAGGCAUGCCAGGGGGAUCUACAAUUUAUCUGCAAGGCUGAUGGCUGUGGGAAGAGAUUCAGAAGUAAAGAUGCUCUGAAAAAACACAAGGAAAACAUUCAUGUUGGAAACCCCAGGAAGAAGCUCAUGUGUACAGUGUGUAGUAAGAAGUGUUCUUCACUGUCAACUCUUCAGGAACACCGGAAGGUCCAUGAGAUCUUUGAAUGUCAGGAAUGCAACAAGAAAUUUAUUACCCCCAAUCAGCUGAAGCGCCACAUGAUUACCCAUUCUGAAAAACGUCCCUACAACUGUGAGGUUUGCAAUAAAUCCUUUAAACGGAUUGAUCAGGUGGCCGCACACAAAAUUAUACACAGUGAAGACAAACCUUACAAAUGCAAGCUUUGUGGCAAAGGAUUUGCCCACAGAAAUGUUUACAAGAACCAUAAAAAGACCCACUCUGAGGAGAGGCCCUUCCAGUGUGAGGAAUGCAAAGCUUUGUUCCGGACCCCCUUCUCUUUGCAGAGACACCUGCUAAUACAUAACAGUGAAAGAACUUUCAAGUGUGAUCAGUGUGAUGCUACCUUUAAAAGGAAAGAUACCUUAAAUGUUCACAUCCAGGUGGUCCAUGAUGGACACAAAAAAUACAAAUGUGAUCUGUGUGACAAGGCGUUUGUAACACCUUCUGUGCUUAAAAGUCACAAAAAAACGCACACAGGAGAAAAGGAGAAGAUAUGCCCAUAUUGUGGACAAAAGUUUGCAAGCAAUGGGACGCUGCGAGUACACAUUCGGAGUCAUACAGGUGAGCGCCCAUACCAGUGUCCUUACUGUGAUAAAGCUUUUAGCAAAAAUGAUGGAUUGAAGAUGCAUAUCCGGACCCACACUAGGGAGAAGCCUUACCAGUGCACUCAGUGCAACAAAGCAUUCAGUCAGAAGCGAGGUCUGGAUGAGCACAUGAGGACACACACCGGAGAAAAGCCAUUCCAGUGUGAUGUUUGCGACUUGUCCUUCAGCCUGAAGAAAAUGUUGAUCCGCCACAAGCUGACCCACAACCCGAAUCGUCCUAUGGCCGAAUGCCCCUUCUGCCACAAGAAGUUCACCCGGAAUGACUACCUCAAAGUGCAUAUGGAGAAUGUCCAUGGAGAGGCGGAUAGCUGA